AUUUCAACAAUAAAACAACACUAUUCGAUUAUGUGUACAGAUCACACGUGUUAGAAGUGAAACUUUUUUAAAACCAAGCUUCGAAUGCAGAGUAUUUUGAUCGUUCACCAUGAAACAAUGAACCAUCGAUAUAUUAACUUUCCACUGUUUAAAAAUGUCACAUCUGUUUUGUAUGUUCAGAUCGUUUAAUAAAUUUUUCUUAGCAACGAUCUGUCAAAAUAAAAAGAACAAUAAAGUAAGAAGAAAAUAAUAUUUAUUCAUUUAAAAAAAUAUUUCCAUAUGCACGUUUGAAUUCUGUAAUUUUUCAAUCGGUAAAUGUUCAAUGUUUCAUGGCGGAGAUAUAAAAAAUUAUCCACGAGGAAUGACAUGGAAGAGCAAGAACGUUUGGAAAAAUUGAAAGAAUACAACGUAAUAUUGGACGAAUUGAAAACGAUAUUUAUAAAAAAGUGGAAAGAAAAACAAGAACACAAUGCUAUGUUGAAUGAUUUCGAACGUAUACGUACGGUUGGUACAGGUGCAUUUGGUCGUGUCAUAUUGGCUAAACACAAAGCUACAUCAGUUUUUUAUGCCAUGAAGAUAUUACAAAAGGCACGGAUAGUGAAGUUGAAACAAAUCCAACACGCAUACAACGAGAAAAAAGUCUUGCAAUGUAUUAAAUAUCCUUUUAUAGUUUUUAUGGAAUUUUUCUUUAUGGAUAAUUCGUAUCUUUAUUUGGUGUUACCAUACGUAAGUGGUGGUGAAAUGUUUACGCAUUUGAGACGUAUGGGAAGAUUCGACGAAUCAUUGGCAAGAUUUUAUGCUGCACAAGUUGCAUUGGCCUUGGAAUAUUUGCAUCAUUGUAGCUUGAUUUAUCGUGACUUGAAACCGGAAAAUAUAUUGAUCGAAUAUACGGGUUAUAUUCGUGUCACUGAUUUUAGUUUUUGCAAAAUGAUUGAAGGUAGAACAUGGACAUUGUGUGGUACACCUGAUUACAUAGCACCAGAAAUUGUAUUGUCAAAAGGUUAUGGCAAAGCUGUUGAUUGGUGGAGUUUCGGUGUACUCAUAUAUGAAAUGAAUGCCGGUUAUCCCCCAUUUUAUGCAAAUGAUCCGAUGAAGAUUUAUGAAAAGAUUAUAACUGGUAAAUACAAGUAUGCUCAUCAUUUUGGUGAUGAUCUUAGAGAUAUAGUUAAGAAUAUGUUACAAGUGGAUUUAACCAAAAGAUAUGGGAAUUUAAAAAAUGGUAUUAUUGAUAUUAAAAUGCAUCGAUGGUUUCGUACGACUGAUUGGAAUCAAAUUUAUUAUCAAACAAUACAACCUUCGUUUAUACCGAAAUGUGGUAUGCCAGGUGACACGAGUAAUUUCAGUAUUUAUGAUGAGGAACCUUUAAGGAUAGAUGUUGUUGAUCGUUAUGCUAAAGAAUUUGCGAAUUUUUGAUCAACAAACAAAAAUAGGAACUAUACUAGAGAAAAAUAUGAUAUUAAAGGUUUUAUUUGU